CAAGUUCUAUUAUCCACUUGUCUUCUGUCAUCAGGUGAUCGAAUAGGGAGUAAAAAUCCUGAAAAAGGAUUGUGCGUGUAAAAUCAAUAAGUAAACAUGUCUGGAAAGGAAAAACUAGCUAUUUUCCCGUCUCGGGGUGCUCAAAUGUUGAUGAAGAGUCGAUUGGCUGGAGCACAAAAAGGCCAUGGACUUUUAAAGAAAAAAGCUGAUGCUUUACAAGUUAGGUUCCGUAUGAUCCUGAGCAAAAUUAUUGAGACCAAAACUCUUAUGGGUGAAGUGAUGAAAGAAGCUGCUUUUUCCUUGGCUGAAGCUAAAUUCACUACUGGUGAUUUCAAUCAAGUUGUGCUGCAGAACGUAACAAAGGCUCAGAUUAAAAUCCGUUCCAAGAAAGACAAUGUUGCUGGUGUAACACUCCCAAUCUUCGAGUCAUACCAGGACGGUUCAGACACAUACGAGCUAGCGGGUCUGGCUCGUGGUGGUCAACAGCUGUCCAAGCUGAAGAAGAACUUCCAGAGCGCUGUAAAGCUGCUCGUAGAGCUUGCUUCGCUGCAGACGUCAUUCGUGACCCUGGAUGAAGUCAUCAAGAUCACCAACAGACGUGUCAACGCUAUUGAGCAUGUGAUCAUCCCCCGCCUGGAGCGGACGCUGGCCUACAUUAUCUCGGAGCUUGAUGAGCUGGAGAGAGAGGAGUUCUACCGGCUCAAGAAGAUCCAGGACAAGAAGAAGAUUAUCAAGGAUAAGGCUGAGGCGCUGAAAGCAAAACUCAAGGCGGAGGGUCUUCUGGCAGAGGCGGCAGACUCGGCAAACUUGUUGGACGAAGGAGACGAAGAUUUGCUAUUCUAAACUUCAUGUACAGCUUAGAUUUUUUAAUUUGCUCGUAGUUAUAGUCAAAGUUGGUCCACGCUUAGACAUCGAAUCCAGCCAAGAAAUAUUAAGUCGAUGUGACGUUAUGAAAAGAAUUGAAGAUAAUUUAUGUUACUGAUAUUCAUUCUUACGUCGUAAGCUAAGUUGAUUUUCUUUUCGGUACAUUUGGGGCUAUUGUAAGCGAAUUCCACAUCUAACUUUGACUAUAUAAUUGAUAUUACAGUGUUGUUAAAUCUGUACAUACAUAUAGUUGUUGAAAGUAUAUUUACCGUUUUCAAUAAAUGGUAAAAUUUAUUGGGUAUUGCAUUAUUGUAGUUGUAUGCAAGCAUUCCAACAAGUCCUUAGUGUGAAUCGGGUUUUAUUUAAAAAAAAAACAUAACCUCAAACUUUUUAAAUGUUGGUAGUACUGUUCUGCGACGCACAAGUACCAACAUAAUAAUAUACAAUAAUUAUUCCUGAUUUCAUUUUGUUGACUACAACACUUUAAAUAAAACCUGAGGACAAAUUUGGUCAGACCAUAUUAUUUAGUUUGGUUUUGGCCAUAUUAUUUAAGAAUAAAUAACAACAAAGCAAGAGUAUUAAUGAAGUUUUGAACUGUUAAAUAUCGCAUUAUUUAAGAGUGAAUCCAUGUAAAUACAAGUUUGUGAAAUGAAAUAUAAUUAUUAUUAUUGA